UUUAAGGUGGACCCGGGCAUUCCAAUCGGAAGCUGUGAAUCGGACAUUAACUCCAGCCUCGUCUGCUACCACAAAAACAUAAGAUGCCCAGAAAAACUGUCGCAGAAAAAGCUGCCCUAAAGCGAAUGCUCGAUGCAGCACGAGGCAAGACCCGUGUUUACAUCGGGUCUGCCUUCGAGCGUUGGCGGAGGUUAAAGGAGCUUCACCCAAAGCUGAAAAACGAUGAGAUGAUCGCGGAGUUUCUGCUGGACAGCUAUGAAUCCACUGACAAGAAACCACCAUCUUCUGCUGCUUGUCUCUCAGACCGAGUUGAAGUUAAAGUUGAAGAGGAAUUGGACAACAGCAACUCCAAGCAGACUUCUGCUCAACCAGUGGGUGCAAGUACGAAGAGACAUCUUCAACAAACUAGUCUGCAGGGCCUCUUCAAAUCCACAAGAACUCCAUCCAACACAAGUCCAGAAUGCCCUUCAGAGCAGGAGCCAGGUGUUGAUCAGAGCCCUCAUCUGAAGAAACCAACAACCUCUGCAAACUGCGCUGAUGCGGAGCCACCCAUGAAGAAAGCCAAAACUUCAGUCUCCUCAGACUCUGCUGAUAAGAAGCAACCAAAGACUCAGAAAGAGAGAGACCAGAGUAGGCAAAUCAGGGCAGAUUGGUUUACCUCAUUCAAGUGGUUAAAGUAUGACAAGGAGAAGAAUCUGUUUUUCUGUACGGACUGCAUCACAGCCAAGAAGGACAACCUCUUCACCAAAGGGAAAAGUGCUUCUGUACCAAAGAGGGAUGACUUCACCAAACAUGCCGGUAGGAAAGACCAUUUGAUGGCAGCCGGUGCCAAGCAGGGAAACCUGGAAAUGUGCAAGGGCAGAGCGAAGGCAGAUGACCAAGCCAAAGAAAGCAUCACUGCUGCUAUGAAGACAGUUCUCUGGAUGGCCCAGGAGGAUGUGGCCAAUGUCAAGUUUCCAAGCUUGGUUGACCUCCAGUUAGAGAAUGGUGCCAACAGUCUCCGUGUCUUGGAAAAGGAAGAUGGCUCCUUCCACUACAGCCAUCUGGUCAGUGGUCUGAGGGAAUGCUUGGUUUCAGUGGUGGAAGAAGAGAUGCUGCUAGAGAUUGAGGAAUCAGGUCUCUUUUCUCUUGAAGCAGACGAGGCAACCGAUUGUACCAACAAAUCGGUUUUGGUGGUCUGCAUAAGAUACCUUGGCCCUGAUGGAUGUCCCAAAGUCCGGUUCCUUGGGGUUAGAGAACUGGAGCAGACAACGGCUAAUGCCAUCACCGAAACACUGUAUCAGCUAUUGGACGCCAAAGGCUUGAAUAAGUUCAGUAUGGUGGGCUUAGCUACAGAUGGGGCGUCUGUCAUGGCAGGUGUGAAGAAUGGCGUCUCAACACAGUUCAAGAGCGAAGUGCCAUUCUUGCUUUCCAUCCAUUGCAUGGCACACCGACUGCAACUGGCAGCAGAGAAGGCAGCUAACCAGGUGCCUUUGAUUGGCAAGUACAUAGCCACCCUCAGCUGCUUUGCCAGAGCCAUCAAGUUUUCUGCCAAGCUGACUAGAACCCUUGAGAUGGUCCAGAAGCUAGAGACAGGACAGACAAAGAAGAUCAAAGAGGCAUUCUUCACAAGGUGGCUAAGUUUAUGUGAUGGGACCCAGGCAAUGGCCGGUUGCAUUCCUGCGGUACUGAGUGCCCUCCAGAUGGCAGCUACUGAGAGAACAUCAGAGUCCAGGGCUCAGCUGGAAGGGUUGGUUGCUGACAUUGGCUCAUACAGGUUUAUUUACCUAACCCAUUUCCUCGCUGACGUAGUGGGCCUUCUGGGCAUCUUGUCUAAGUUGAUGCAAGUUGCCACACCAACUUACCAGGACCUCAAAGAUGCAGUUGACAACACUGUAUGUUCUCUGCUGGCCCUGAAGGAAGUUAAAGGGACCUGUGGUUUCCUGGAGAAGCUGGAUGGUACCUUUCCCGCCAACGCCCCCAGCACAGGAAAGACAUUGUGGGAGGACCACUAUGUCAAAGACACAGUCAAGCAGCGUGAACAAGUUGAGAAAGCAGUGGACAUGUUCCUGGAGAAGCUGGUCAUGCAGCUCCAGAGCACCUUCCCGGACCAUGAUGUCAUGACAGCUUUUGACCUCCUCCAGCCAUCUGUCAAGCUGUCAAAGGAAGAUGCAGGGAAGAAGCUGGACAAGCUGCUGGAAAUGUAUGGUCAGGAUAAGAGGAAGGGGAAUGUGACCCAUACUAGAUUUGUGGAUCCUGAUGCAACCAAAAAAGAGUGGCAGAUCCUGGGUCCAUUUAUCUCCAAAUAUCAGACCAUGCAGGAAUUGUACACCUAUGUGUCCCAUAACCUGGAGGCCUACCCAAACAUGGGAAAGCUACUCCAGGUGGCUCUUACUGUAACAGUCACCUCUGUCAAUUGUGAAAGAGGGGUUAGUAGGUACACGGCCAUCAAGACCUCCACAAGAAGCAGUCUGAGAGUGGAGACCAUUGAUGAGUUGAUCGCCCUCAGUCUUGAAGCCCCAUCCUACAAACAAUUCAGAUAUGACUUGGCCUUCAACAUGUGGCAUCUGAACAGAAACAGGAGGGUGUACAGACAGAUGCUAAGAUCUGCUGAGAUCCUUGGCAAGGAGGACGAGAACAAUAAUGUUGCUGUUCUAGACAAAGCCAUGGAAGGCCUAUUUGCAAAGGGCCAAGCCUUUGUAAAAAAACUAUCAAAAGCCACAGCUGCAGCAGCCAGGGCUGUAGUGCCAAAGGAUCGGGGUCAGGAGGCUGAAAACACCUGUGAUGAUUAGGGGUGUAAGAAGAUAUCAGUUCUGCAAUAUAUCAUGACAUUUCAUUUCACAAUACUGUAUUGAUAUCACCAAGUACUGUAUCGAUA